CCCCACACAUCCAGGGACCUCUCAUCAUUGUGGGACCCUCCUCCUCUGUGCAGGGAGACCCUCCUCAUAAGCUAGGGUGCAGCACACGCCCCCCCACAUUGCACACUCACUACACAUAGGAGGGAGGGGGCUGUUCACACUGACUGUAGCACAUGCCUGCUCACACACACGGCUUCUGUGCUGUCAGGAUCACAGCUUUUAAUUAAGCAUCCCCCCCCCUGCACCCCCUCCCUCCCUCUGCUUCUCUCCCCCUCCCUCCUCUGGGAAGCCAAGGAAGAAGCAAAGAAAAUCAGAGGGGGAACAAAGCAAGAAAAGAGGGGAGACAGUGAGGAAGAAGAGGGGCACCAGCUGCAGAAGAGCUGCCAGGUGAAGAAGGACUGGGCAUCCUGAGACUACAGAGAACAUUGUGCAUGGAGCCUGCUGCAAGCUGAGACAGCUGGAGACCAGUGCAGAGACAGCAGCAGAGACAGGUGCUGUCUAUCUUCCAGUGCGGAGAGCGUCUGGCACCUGCUGACUGCAGACAUGGGCAGUGGGUGAGCUAGAGAGGUCACCAGCCUCCUGCCUGCAGCCCUCCAGGGACUGACACUUGCACCACAUCACAUUGCCAUUUCAUUUGUCAUCCAUAUCCUUGCCCUCACUUUCUAUCUCCGGCCCUUAUUGUAUAGGGGGGCCCCAUGCUUUGACCAUUGCUGGGUCCUGACCUUGCUAUGUUUUUGGAGGGUAUCUAAGUCUCGGUUCUAUAGUCUUUAUCCUUCACAUCCACUUGUGAUUAUUUUGAAGAUUUUUGUAGAAUCUGGUCAUUUUUGGGUAACCGUCUUUCAUUUUAUCCCCAGGAUUUUCCUUCACUGUGCAUUGAGUUAACCAAGUGGACAUUUUCCCGACACUCAGGAUCUUGUUUUCGAGCAGCCUCAUCAUAUUAAGACCCCAAUUUUUUGUUUGUAGGGUUUUAAGACUGUUCACAUUCAGUUUUUUUGGUGCCCGGUGAUCCUUCUGUUUACUAGUGCCUUAUCUGUUUGGGGGGGCUUUGCCCCCUAUCUUUCCAUUUCCAUCCCGUUGCACCCUCAAACCAUGAAGCCUUUGGAGAAAUUCUUAAAGAAGCAAAGCUCCCAUCUGUCAGGUCCCAGGCAUCUACACCGUAGGCAAAGUGUGUCCAAAAUUUUGCCCUCAUUUCUGCGGGAUACCCCGGGAGAUUCCUCUAGUGGGGAAAAAGUUGAAGAGGACCCAUCUGGAGCUCCACAACCUUCUCAUGACUGCCUGGAGCUGCCUGAUGGACUACGUUCACCACUCUCCUUCUCAUCUGAUGAACUUUCACCUUCAGAGCCCCUGACGCCCCCGCCUGGGUCUGUUGGAUGGUCCCUUACCCCUGCCGGACCUCUUCUUGCCCCGGAUACUCCAGAGGCCCUAUUGGGCAGGGUUCUGGACCAGCUACUGACAGCGCCUAGACUGAGCGAUGCAGCUGAAUUAGCGCUGGAUGACUUCAUACUCACCCACACCUUAUUUAUACCGACGGAAGAGCUCCUGGUCCAGUUACAACAGUAUUUCUGCGGCUGUAGUCGACAUACCUCACCGACAUGGGAAGGAAGCGAUGCUGUGCAAAAGAAGCAAGCCGUGCUCUGUGCACUCCUUCAUCUGCUGGACACAUACAAGGAUUCUCUGCAAGAAGAGGAGAAGACCUUUCAGCUUAUCAAGGAUUUCUAUGUCCUGGUGAUGCGGGACGCUCCGAGUUUCCCUCAGCUGGAGGGGAAUGUCAUCCGGCUGCAUCGCCUGGUGGAGACGGCCGAACUCAGGCUCACAGAUGGCAGGGCCGCUCCUUGCUCUAAACAAGUCAAGCCUCUUUUCCGACAUUUCCGCCGGAUCGACUCCUGCUUGCAGCCUCGGGUGGCGUUCAGGGGCUCGGAUGAGAUCUUCUGCAGGGUCUACAUGCCAGACCAUUCCUACGUUACCAUUCGGAGUCGUCUUUCUGCAUCUGUUUCUGACAUCCUCAGUUCCGUCUCAGAAAAACUGCAGUAUUCGGAGGAACAAGGACAGAGAGAGGAUCCUCUUAUCCUGGUUGCUGUUACCAGUGCAGGCGACAAGGUUCUCCUGAAGCCGGACGAUGGUUGUAUCUUCACCACACUGGGUAUAAACAGCCACCUAUUCGCCUGCAAUCGAGAUGAGCUGCGCUCUUUGGUUCCUUUACCAGAAGAGGUUCAGUUGCCACCGGAGGAUUCUCAUAUUCAUCGGAUCGAAGCUGAGGAUCUUGCCAAUCACCUCAGUGCUUUCCACUGGGAGCUGUUCAGCUGUGUACAUGAGCUGGAGUUUGUGGACUAUGUGUUCCAUGUGGAGCGUGGACGCAGGGAGACGGCCAAUCUGGAGCUACUUUUGCAGCGCUGUAGCGAGGUACAGCACUGGGUCAGCACUCAGACUCUGUUGUGUGAGGCACCAGCCAGACGCACCCAGCUCCUCAAGAAGUUCAUCAAAACAGCAGCCAUUUGUAAGCAGAACCAGGACUUGCUAUCCUUCUUCGCUAUAGUGAUGGGCUUGGACAAUGGUGCCGUCAGUCGCUUACGUGUUACCUGGGAGAAAUUACCUGGGAAGUUUAAAAAUCUCUUUAGAAAGUUUGAAAAUUUAACGGACCCCUGCCGGAAUCACAAGUCCUAUCGUGAGAUGGUGACUCGUAUGCGACCUCCGGUAAUCCCAUUUAUCCCCCUUAUAUUAAAAGACCUUACAUUUUUACACGAGGGAAGCAAAACAUUCCUCGAUGGACUUGUCAAUGUAGAAAAAAUGCACGCCAUAGCAGAGAAAGUGAGGACUGUGCGGAAAUACCGGAGCAGCCAAAUGAGGCUGGACACAGACGUCUCUCCGAAUCACUUGCAGAAUAAAGCUUACGUGCGCCAGUUUCAAGUCAUCGACAAUCAGAACUUGCUUUUCGAGCUGUCCUACAAGCUGGAACCCAACACACAGUGACCGGAGCACUGUACGCCGAUCAAAAAGUGGACGGCACGGGGUGCCGUAUGUUUGAUACUCGGAGAAGGAAUGCAGAUAUAGCUAUAUGAGGAUUCAUCGUGAGAAAUACAAGAAGAUGUUAUAUAGGUUGGGUCUGGUCCAGUAAUGGGCAUCAGUAGGUUCCCCUGCUGUUAUAAGGGAGACCUCUAACACCCUAUUAAUCUGCUAGAACAGCAGAAAGAAGAUUGGGUGUCAUGCCGUGGCCAGGUUAUAGACCGGGAGAUAUUUUUGUAAGAAGAUGACAUGUACAAUCCACUUUGUGCUAUUUUCUUAUUGGGGGAAACAGAAGGGUAUUAAUUCUAUAUAAAUACGUGAUAAUUAUAUAUAUAUAUAUAUAUAUAUAUAUGGGGGUCACAGUCCUGCAUUGAAGUUGCGCAGGGCCACAAGUUUCUGUACAUAAGGAUUCAUGGGAGCAUACAAAUCUCGCUGUAUAUAGUUGUAUUUGUUGUAUUUCGGGAGGUGGGUGUAUAGUGGGUAUAUUUAAAUGAUAAAGGAUAUGCUGGUCCGUACAGCUUAAAGACACACAUCACAAAUAUGUGUAAUAAAGAUACGUAAAGGACACAAGGACAUGAGAAAAACCAGAACAUGGAGACGAGAAGAAAUAAAAGGAGAUUUAAAGGGGUACUCCCAUGCCUGAGCCUUCUGAACAUCCGGUUCAGAAGGCUUGGAGCAGCAGAGACGUCAUGGCCCCACCCCCCUCAUGACAUAACACCACACCCCCUCCAUUGAU